UGUGUGUUCGGAUGUAUGGAUAUAUAUAUGAGAUUGCUCAAUAGAAAUUGGUCAAUUAUAUAUAAAUAAAGGGAGUUGUAUUUAAUUUGUAUGUGUGUUUAAACUUGAAAUUGAAUUAAUUAGUUUGUUUGUUUGGAAUAGAAUAGAAUAGAAUCAAUAUUAAUUAUUCUUGGAUGGAAUUGAUGAAGAUGCAUCAUCAUCAUCAUGUGUGCGUGGUGGCGCCUGUAGAAGCAGCUCGGACGGGGAGACACUUGCAGAGGUACACCCACAACCAUCGUCGCCUUGUCGUCGGAUGCAUACCAUACCGAUUCAAGAAUAAGAUUAAUGGAAGAAAUGGAAAUAUUGACGAAGCAGCAGCAGCAGCAGCCAGGAGUGAGGACGAACUGGAAAUUCUUGUCAUCAGUUCUAAGAAAACUCCACAAAUUAUGAUGUUUCCCAAGGGAGGGUGGGAGAGUGAUGAAAGUGUGGAAGAGGCUGCCUGCCGGGAGUCACUGGAGGAGGCUGGUGUCGUCGGAAAUGUCGAGGGUGAGCUUGGAAGGUGGGUGUUCAGGAGCAAGAGCCGGGACGACAAGUACCACGAAGGGUUGAUGUUCCCCUUACAGGUGACCCACCAGCUCGAUCUCUGGCCGGAGAAGCCUCUCCGAUCCCGGCAGUGGAUGCCCGUCGCCGACGCCCGACAAGCCUGCACCGCUGCAGGCUCCUAUUUCUGGAUGAGAGAGGCCCUCGACAAGCUCGUCCACAGGCUCAUCACCCACCACCCUCUUACCUAAGCUACAUCCAUAUAUAUUAACAACAACAAUAAUAAUAAUAAUAAUAAUAAUAAUAAUAAUUAAGAAAUUUCGACGCUAUGGGUUCAAACUCCAAUGCCUCCAAGUGAUCUGCCACACUUGAUUCGUCUAAUAUGAUUUAUCUUAUUAAACUUAGUUUGUAAAAUGUAGCACUUUUCAAUAUGAGCUACGGUUGUGACAGCGUGUACAUUCAGUGGAUCUAAAGUUCUAUAGUUACAGA